AUGGAUGAAUGUGAGGGUCAUAGAUCGAAAAAAGUUAAUUUCAUUAUGAGUAUUUCAAAACUUCAAGAAGAAUUUGUAGAGCUUCAAAAGGAGAUUAGUGCUUUCCAGGGAUUGUUAAAUUCAGCUAUUGAUGAGAGUGAAUUUUCUUUGGAAGUUGUACAGCACUCUACAAAUUCAAAUGUUUGGGAUCUGAAAGUACGUUUAGAUGAUAUUGCUUUGCUUAUUGCUCAGGAGAAAAAAAAUGCUAAGAGAAAGUGCGAAAUUCGCCAAAUAGCUGAUAAUGUUCAUAAGAUGCUUAAAAAAAUUGAAGUUGAGAUAAAAAAAGCUGAAAUUAUUGAAAGCAACGAGGACAGUACUUUGAAAGAAUUGGGUGAAGCAUAUGAGAGUCUUAAAGAAAUUGAAGAAGAAGAUUUACCAAAGUUGCAAGCCGAAUAUUCUAAAUUACCAAUAACUGAAAGUGAAGAUGACGUGAGAAAUGAAGCGUUUGAAGAACAAGUUGAGAUGGUUAGAAACUUGAAGAAUAUACAAUCUUCAAUUAUAAAUAAAAUUGAGACUACAAACAUGUUAGAUAACUUGAUCUCGUCUUUCAAUAAAAAAUUUCAUACUACUUCUGAAGGAUUAAAAAAUGCCCAGUUUGACGUCAUUAAAAUUACUGAUAUCAAGAAUAACGAUUUGUUGAUUAUGUCUAGAAUUGUUUUUGAAAUGAAAGAAUUGAUUAAAGAGACUGGUAUUCGUACAUUGGAUUUUAUUCAAAAAUAUGAAAAAAAGUUGGAUGAUAUUACUAAAAGUGUAGACUUAAAGUUGGCUGAGGUUGAAAAAAAAAUUGUAAACACUGUAACUAAAAAGUUAGAAAGUCCACUCAAGGAUAUAAAUUUUGAGAAUAUUGAAAAGGACAUUAGUCUUUUACCACUUCAAAGUUCAGCAUACACUGAUUUGAUUGAAAAAGUAAAAAAGGCAAAAGCUAAAUUGGAUCUUCAAAGAAAAACAAAAGAGGACUUGGAGAUUAUUGUUAAAACACUUAAGGAAAUUAAUGCAUUUCCUAAGAAUCCCUUACCUGUCAAUGAACAUAUUCUUACUUUCAAGAAGAAGCUUAAUGAUCUUGUUGAAUAUUUAAAACCAAAGACUGAUGCAUUUGUUCCUACUGGAGAUGUUAAAAUUGAUAAAGACAUAGAGAAACAAAAACAAAAAGUUGAAGAAACUAUUGUAAUGAUUAAAAAAGAACUUGAAGCUAAGGAACUCGAGAAAGCAAAUAAUGAUUUAGUUUUAAAGGUUGUUUCUGAUGUCGUGGAACUUUUAUCAGAAUCCGAAAAACAACCAGAUAAUUCUAAUUUACUUAGCUCAAAAGAAGUAUUUUCCAAGCUUAAAGCUAGAAUUAUAAACAAAUCAAAUGAAUUAAAUGCUCUUAAAAAAAAGUCAUUUGGUGAUAACUUAGAAAAAGUUAUCAAUAAUAAUAUUAAGAUUAUUGAUGAGGCUAUGAGAAACACGGAUGUAAUAUUGUUUAAUAUUGAAAAGUGUGAAAAAGAAACUAUUGAAUUACAAGGUGAAUGGAAUAGAACUGAAGAAUUUGCUGACCGGGCAAUUGAAAUGGCAAAUGAAUUAAUUGAACGUUACACCAAUUCUCCACAACUUUUUGAGGAUGCCAGUAAAGAUAUUGAAACCAUCAGUUUUCUUAUUGAAGAAAUCAAUGGAUAUGUAAAGGUUAUUAGCCAGAUAUCGGAUAAUUUUAAAAACUAUAAUCUUGAUAAUUCUUUGUUUGUUGAAAAGUUGGAUAACUAUAAGGGUGUUGUUAUAAAGUUGGAAGAACUUAAAAUUAAGGUUGAAAAAGAUGUUAGUCGAGAAUUGAAUUUAAUCAAAAUGAAAAAACGUUUACAAGAUACGUUAAAUCAAAUUGUUGAAAAAGCUAAUAUUUUAAUUAAUAAAGUUAAAGUUGAUACUUGUUAA